CGUCUAUACGAAUUAUGGCCAUCAUUCCACGCGUCACGCUUCAUUUGAAUCCGUGGAGGAAGUAUGAGGACUUCCACCACCACACCCUUGCCCAGAGACAUGAGUACAUGAUCGGUCGCCUCGAGAAUGCCCGUCGCAGAGAGUGGAUGUGGGUGGUGGUGGUGGCGGGCAUCGGCUUCUUCACAGAUGCAUAUGCGAUAUUUUCCGUCAACAUGGUCAUUCCCAUGCUCGGCUAUGUCUACUGGGGUCAGCGGGACGGGAUGCCACACAGCUACCAAACUGCCAUGAGUAUCGUCACGCUUGGAGGCGCUUUGGUGGGCCAGAUCGUCUUCGGCGUGGCCGCCGACAUCUGGGGCCGGCGCAAGAUGUAUGGACUGGAGCUCGUCAUAUUAGUCUUCUCGACCCUCGGAGUCGCCAUGGCGUCCUCCGGAGCCGAGAACUCCAUGUCCAUCAUCGCCGUGCUUCUCUUUUGGCGCCUGGUCAUGGGCAUAGGUCUAGGAGCUGACUAUCCAUUGUCUGCCGUCAUUUGCUCCGAGUUUGCUCCGACUCGAUUCCGUGGUCGAAUGCUGGCAGCGGUCUUCUUCUGUCAGUCUCUGGGCCAGCUUGCCGGGUGCCUUGUCGCGCUCGUCGCGGUGACCGGGUUUCGCCAUAAACUGCCAAACGAUCCUUCUUCAGAGGCCUGUGAAGCGGACUGCAUCCGAACGGUCGACUCGAUCUGGCGGCUCAUCGUCGGUUUGGGAGCCGUCCCAGCCUUCAUCGCCAUGUGGUUCCGGUUGACCAUCAUCGAAUCGCCGCGGUAUACAGCAGAAGUCACGAAAAACACCCUUCAGGCCGCUGCAGAUGUCUCCCACUUCUAUGAGGCAGAUCGUGAUGACGAGCCCUCCGCCGCCCCGAUCAUUGACAAUUGCCAGGACAACCGGGACUCGGCUGAAUAUCACGAGCUCUCUAACCCCAGCAUCGAUCAUUGUCAGAAUGACCAGGACUCGAUCACCCGAGUUGAUUCCCUGCAGAUGCCACCUCCGGCCCUCGGCGAUCCUUCCCAGGUGUCGCUAGCCGCAUCGGAAUCUGCUCUUCCACCAUCCCUGCCAACGAUGUGGAGAGACUUCAGGGUCUUCAUUUCCAACAAACGAACCUACCGAGCUCUGCUUGCGACCUCUGCUUGUUGGUUCUGCCUUGACCUUCCCUUUUACGGCCUCGGCCUCAUCACGCCCCGAAUCGUCAACACCAUCUGGUUCGGCAGCAAGAUUCCCGAGACCAGUGUGUUCCAGUAUCUCCUUCAAAUCUCCUACCAAAGCAUGGUCGUGGUCUCGUCCGGUGAGGUCGUGGGGAGUCUGCUCACCAUCCUCACCAUUGACAAACUUGGACGACGAAACAUCCAACUGAACGGGUUUUUCUGGCUGUUCAUCUUGACCAUUGUCAUCGGAACUUCUUUCAAGCACCUUGCAGAUAGCAAGGAUUCUUCUGCCUUGAUCGUGCUCUAUAUUAUAUCGCAGAUAUUCUUCAAUUUCGGACCCAAUACAACCACAUACAUUAUCCCUGCAGAACUUUUCCCCACCCGAUUCCGCUGUACAUGUCACGGCAUCUCUGCGGCCGCCGGGAAACUGGGGUCGAUUAUCGCGCAGUGUUUUCUCAACUACGUGAGCUUCGGUCAUGACGCGAACUGGGAGCAUGUCCCAGACUGGCUGGGAUACGCUUUGUUAUGUUUAUCCUUCUUCAUGCUUGUCGGCCUCCUCGUCACGUACUUCUGUAUCCCUGAUAUCCGGGAUUCAAGCGGGCAGGUCAAAUCCCUGGAAGAACUGUCAAGAUUCCACGAGUUGGUAGUCGAAACUGCAUCGGUGGACCAGGAUAUAUGUUGAAUUUGUUGAUAGAAUAUGUAGUAUAUGUAUUUUUUGGCUCCUAGACACAAGUACCAAUAAGCUCUAGCUAUUACACUCUAAAACCGCAGAUCAUCAACCCCUGUCGUAGUAAGAAUACCACUCACUGGCCCUUAAAGCACUGGGGAUAGCGUCAUCGCGAUACCCCACAGGGGCAACGCUGCGAUAAGCAAAAAUUCAUUGCACAAGACCCACUUGGGCGCUGUCAAUGCUUCAUUCUCCGA